AUGAAUCACGAUAGUUUUUCCUCCCUCAAAUUUCGACGCUCGUCAAGCAAGCUUCAGAAGGACCCCCCUAGUUUCACCUCCCGCAUCCUAAAAAGCCAGCAGAGCAACACGUCACUAAAGCGCCACCCCUCAGCCCCCGUCUAUCCGCGUUCCUCCACCGGCGGGAGUCGAGAGCAUUCCCGGACGAGGUCGAACGCCUACGGGUCAUCCUCAUCCUCCCUCGAGCAGAACAGCGGCGGUCCGUCCCCGGUGCUCGCAGGGACCCAGCCUGGUUACUUUCCGAAUAACCCCAAUUCUGCCAGAUCCCGCCCUCCCCCCUCCGGCCGAUUUUCCCUCAGCGAGCAGAGCUCAGAUGAAUUGAUCGGCACCCCGUUUGAUAACCGGGGCAUGCUUAGUUCGCUGCAAGAGAACACCACCGAGACCGUUCCCCAGAAACCCUCCACCCUCCGCUCCGCCACUAGCCCCGACACCCGAGGAUUGAGACAAUCAGCCAGCUUCACGGCUCUACAGAACCGAAUGGAGACGUUCGUGCAUAGGAAUACCGAGAAUGACCGCCCGGCGAAUCCGAAACGCCUCUCCGACGAUGGCGUGGGCUCCCGGCCGUUUGGCUCCGGCCGCAGCAAGAAGAGCAGCUUCUCUAGCUUCGUCAACAGCAUGCUAGGUUCUCCCCGAGGCAUCAAGAUCUCCGCCCCUGAAAAUCCCGUGCAUGUCACCCACGUUGGUUAUGACAACCAGACGGGCCAGUUCACGGGUCUUCCCAAGGAAUGGCAGCGGCUGCUGCAGGAGAACGGUAUCUCGAAGAAGGAGCAGGAGGAGCACCCGCAGACCAUGGUUGAUAUCAUGAGAUUCUACGAGAAGAAUGCCCAGGGAGAUGAUGAAGUGUGGCACAAGUUUGAUCAUGCUUAUCCGCAGCAGCAGUCAGUAGCCACCACCCCUAUCUCCGGACCGACCACCGCUGUUGCCAGUCCCUAUGGCUCGUCUGCGCAGCGGACCUCCCCCCCGACGAGUCCCCGCUUCCCCCAGAAUCAUGAGGGUAGCUUCGAGAACCCCCGGGCGCCGCCGCCGAUUCCUCAAGGUCGUGGUUCGUCCAUGGCGUCACCGGCGAUCACACCACCAGUGGGUGGCUUUGUCCCCAAUCGGGCACCGCCAAAACCCCCGACUCCGGCUAAUAUGACCCCUGCUCGGCCUGCCCCUCAGCCUCCCACGACUGGCUCGUACACGACGGUGCCGGCACGCCCUGUCCAGGACGCGUAUGCCCCCCAGUUUGGCACGCCACCCAUUCCGGAGACGGAGCCGUUGCCGCCGGCCGAGGCUCAACCGCAACCACAACCUCAACCUCAGCUGAGCAGGUCGAACUCCAAGGCCAACGGGACCCCCGUGCAAUGGCCACCCCACAAUAUCCCCACCCCGACCCAGUAUCAGCAGAAGCAGGAGCAGGCCAUGGCGGCUGCCCAGCAAGCGAUUGCCACUAUCCAGCUUGAUCGGAGCCGCAGUCAGCGCCAGCAACCCCGCCACGAACCCAAGCAGUCCUCGGUCCAGACCCCUCCCCAGCAUGCUUCGCCCAUCGAUGAGGCUGCUCGUGCCGCUCCUGCAGCUCGCCCCCGGCAGCGGGCUCGUCAGAGCACCGCCAUGGAUAUUAGGUCACGACUGCUGGCCAUUUGUACCCCGGGUGAUCCGACCAAACUGUACCAUCAUCUCAACAAAAUCGGUCAGGGUGCGUCUGGUGGUGUCUACACCGCAUACGAGACCGACUCGAAUAACUGCGUCGCCAUCAAGCAGAUGAACUUGGACCUGCAACCUAAGAAGGACCUGAUUAUCAACGAGAUUCUCGUGAUGAAGGAUAGCAAGCACAAGAACAUUGUCAACUUCUUGGACAGUUACCUGCACAAUCUGGAUCUGUGGGUGGUGAUGGAGUACAUGGAGGGCGGCAGUCUGACAGAUGUUGUCACCUUCAAUAUAAUGAGUGAGGGACAGAUUGCCGCUGUCUGCAGAGAGACUCUGGGUGGCCUGCAGCACCUUCACUCCAAGGGCGUCAUUCACCGUGACAUCAAGUCGGAUAACAUCCUUCUCUCGAUGGACGGUAACAUCAAACUCACCGAUUUUGGUUUCUGCGCCCAGAUCAACGACUCGCACAACAAACGGAACACCAUGGUCGGUACCCCGUACUGGAUGGCGCCUGAGGUUGUCACCAGAAAGGAGUACGGCCGGAAAGUCGACAUCUGGAGUUUGGGUAUCAUGGCCAUCGAGAUGAUCGAGGGCGAGCCUCCUUAUCUCACCGAGUCGCCGUUGAGAGCGUUGUAUCUGAUCGCCACCAACGGAACGCCCACGAUCAAAGACGAACAGAAUCUAUCUCCGGUCUUCCGGGAUUUCCUGCAUCUUGCCCUCAAGGUGGAUCCGGAGAAGAGAGCGUCCGCACAUGAUUUGCUGAAGCAUCCUUUCAUGUCGGUUUGCGCCCCCCUAAACCACCUGUCGCCUCUCGUGAAGGCUGCGCGGGCCAGCCGAGCCCAGGAGAAAGCCCAGAAGGGAGGCGCCUAG